CGACGGUCGAUGGACUUCGAUGCUGCAUGACUAAGGGGAACUUGACACAGGAGUGAAAAGAGCCUGAAUUCACGUCGCAGGAUGUCGGCGAACAAGUUUUCGUUACCGCCCAAUGUCAAGGGCACGCAACGCGGCGUGCUCUCUAUCGCGGUGCAAGAGGCGGGUAUUUAUUUGAGUUUUGUCUCAAAUAUUUACAGGACAGCUCACCCACUGAUCCGCAUAAGUAGGAGUGCCAUUCAUUCUACAAAUCGUUAAUAUCAUAGAGGGGCCACAGAAUCCUCCUUGCGGAACCCUCAGAAAACUAUCCCACAACACUUUUCACCAAAGAUGCACCCGUCUACCUUCUAUGGUGGGGCGAAACGCGCGAAAUGCGAUUGACGCCGAAAUCUAUUGGAACGGUUUUCGAUCAAUCUUCUCUGGAAGUGCCAAUCUUCACUUCCGUCGAGAGGUUCAUCAGCUACCUGUUGGAUGAUCCUGUGAUUUAUGGACUGUGCGUAGUUUAUUUUAGGUAGAAUAAUCCAUAACCUAACAUAACCUAACCUAACCUAACCUCCAGAGCCUUGAGGAUUGUGUAGGAUCCAUAACCUAACAUGACCUCAAGAAGCGAUAGUGAGUCAAAGAAACAUAAAUUGAAAUUGUGCAUGCCCAUGUCGUUUCCACAUCAAUCUCCGGCUUCUAGAAGAAAUCGUAUCAGUUAAUAGAGAACUCUCCAGAAGUGCCAAUCUUCACUUCAGUCGAGAGGUUCAUCAGCUACCUAUUGGAUGAUCCUGUGACUUACGGCACCAGGAGUUUUUGGUGAUUUUCUUGACCUCAUUACGCUUUUCUUGUAGAAUUGAAUGAAAUGCAUCAAAAAGAACAGCAGGUGCACAUCAAUCUACUCAGGAGUGAAAAACAUGCUGUGUCAUCAAUUUCGUGGCCCUAGAAGAAAUCGUAUGAGUCAAUAGAGUAUUCUAAUUCCGCGAUGUCCGAGUGGGCGAUGAAGUGGGAACGAUUGACCUUCUACCCUUAAGGCUGAUUUUUCAUUGUUUUAGUCCAACUACAACGGAAGUAACAAAAGAAACGAUACAUCGAUUGUACCUAUCCGAGGAGCAACAGACAACCUAGUACAUCACAAUGUUUUCCUCUAAAUCUCUUUGUCACGGAUACGAAUCUGAUCCUCGACGGCAGAUUCAGGAUAGGAAAUCUGAACGUAAGCCUGAGUAUGAAAACUGUCUGGACAAACGUUGUGCAGCCAAGUCGUGCGACAGCUGCAGGUACUAGUUUACUCGAAGGAAGUUACAAGUUCAAUACUGAGCGAAGGUUGAUCUAAAGAUUCUUGAAACGGAGAAAAUUGGAACAAUAUUUGAGUAGUGUUUACAUCACUUUUCCACGAUGUUGGACUUGGAAGCAACUUCUUAACCAAACCUUGAAGGAUGAGUGUGUCUUCAUCACAAAACUUCAUCUGCAGGGGUACUUAGUCUAGUAUCUAUUGUACUUUGAUCUGAAUCUACUCCUUUUGGAUCAAUUGUCACAUCGAAGAUCCAUAAAAACUGCUCCCCAGCUCAAGGAUCACGCGGAUUCCAGAACUCUCCAGAUCCUGUAAACGGCUCAGCCGCAGAUCAGUGGGCAGCGCUUGCAGAACGCGCUGAGAAGUUGCGUGAGGACAUGAAUACGCGGAAUAUUACGAUGAAGAAGAACUUCAAGCUUUCGAAUAUUACUUGGUCAUCUAAUUUGCCCUUUGUGUUUGCUUCAUUUUCUGGCACUAGGCUUUUCGUCCUACGGUAGGAGCCUUUCGUCUAAUCCCCAUUUGCCAAGUCCUCCUUACGGAGGCAAGGACUGGAGUUCUUCCGGACUAGGUCUAUCCGCGGUAGCUGGCGAGCCAACUGCAAGUGCUGGUGGAGAGCCUGUGUUGGAAAGCAUCAUCGCCAGUGAUCCUCUACAUACAGCCUCGCAAGUUGAUGAUGGAGCACAAGCAGAGCAACAAUCUGGCAGUGGCAACAAUCUGGCCUCUGAUGGUGUCCAUGCUUUCAACCUGGCUUUGUCACCGAGUCCUCACGUGACAAUAGAUUUGUCGUCGAACAGUAAGAACACCUCCACCAGUGAGAAUGCGAGUGCAACUACAAGGAUAGAACCUCCACAGCAAGCAUCUUCAACCUCCAAGGCGAUUCCGGCUCGAGCGGUGGUGGCAUUGCAGUGGGUCAGCUUCAGAGGGAUGAAUGUCAAGCGUGCGUCAGUCCUUUUGAAAGGAAGUGACAGUAUUGUUAAGGCGAUAUUCUUCGGAAGCUGAGCCUCGAUGAAUUACGUGAUUAAUGAACUUCUUGGUUUAAUCAUACUGCUGAAAUUCAAUGAUGGUGCCAACUUAAAGGUUGGCGUUUAGGUCAAGCGACGCUUAAAGCAAGUAAAGCAACCGGUUAGUUUUCACCUCUUCACUAUGUAACGCUAUCCCUUCAUCUUCAUGCAAGUAGACAAAGUGUGCUCGUAGUCCUGACGUAUAGAUUCCCCGUUCUGCCCCAUCCCCUUCCUCUAACCCCCGUGAAAUGGUUUCCGCUCAAUCCCUUCGCGCACAGACGAUGCACGUGCAGAAAGAAGUGAAGAAGGAACUUGUUUCCAAGGUGUACUUCAGUCAAGAAGCUGCUCAACGAGACUACAGUCGUGGCGUACUCAGCAGCAACUCGCCAGCACUGACCUGUAAAGGCGGGCCUGCGGAAUUGCGGUUCGAAAUCGCACUGGAUACUGCUGGAAGGAGUGGGGAAGGUUCUUGAAAUUACUUUUUUCAUUGCUCCAACCUAACACAAUAGAAGUUUUCGUACUGAUAGUAGCGAGGUUUUUGAAGGCAAUAACGAUGUAUUUUCUAGUAAUUAUCGCAGGUACAGGCAGUUCUCUUAUGGGUCCCUAUACUGCUGCAGCUAGCUCCUCCGCAGCUGCCACGACUGCGGAGAUGAAAUCACGUGGCCCAGCCACGGUUCGUCUCCUCCACGUCACCGCCUAUUCCUCUACUAGUGAGUUCAGUGCUCUAAAACUGAUCGAAAACGGGUGUUCCGCUGAAGUACCCGUGAAUUCAGACUGCCUCGAUAGAGAAGAGUGGACUGUGCCCCUUUACUCGGGAAAGAAAAUCGUGGGCAAAGCGUGUAUGCGGGUCAAGUUGUUCCCGCUGAAACAACAGUUGCAGCUACAGCUUGGUGCAGUGGGGAAUCUUGGGAGUCUGGACCCACGUUCGCUCUACGCCAGUUACAAGUUGCCUAACAGCGCUGGCAAAAGUAGUAGUAGAGCCACAGCUGAAAUCGAGACUCCUUGGAUGCCACCAGCGCACUUUAGGUACAGUGCCCAACACGCCUUCGACGCAGGCUCCGGACCAGGAAAACUCUUCCUCCAACUCUGGCAACAGUCGGCAACUUAUGGAGUGUGGCUCAUUUAACUUAGCAUCUAAGAUAUAUUCACAUCAGCAGGUGAACUUAUGUGAUUACCAAAUCUCAAUCUCUCUAUUGAGUUAUCUUUUCCGCUAGAAGUUGGUGUCAGUAGUCAUCCACCUUUCAUUCCCCCGACGCAAGUGGCAAGACACUUUUAGGCUUGUGCAAGCUGCAAGUGCCAUGGCCCGAUGGUCGUAUGAGCUGUGCUGCGUCAAUUCAGCCAGUAGUAGCAACAUCUGGGGCUUUGCCGUCUAUAGAUCUUAGUUUGCGCUGCUCCACAGCUUUCGCUGAUGAACUUGAACCAACAACGGGAGGAGGGACGACAGUUGUUGGAAAUAGCACGGCACGCGCAGAAAAUGCAUCUUCAAGUAGAGCUGCUCCAGUUGAAGAUGUAGCACAAGAAAAAUCUGCUUCUGCUGUUGUAAACAAUUUACCAUCGUCUUCAACACAUGUUUCUGACAUUGCUGGUCUAGAAGGACAACCACCGGUGGUAGUGCAACAACCGCAAGCGGCCUUUUCAGCGACUACAACCAAUCUUCCGUUGAGCAAUGCAACUAUGGGUCAACAAGAACAAUUUGGUGGUAGUAGUGGUAGUUCUGCAUUCUUAACGUCGGGGCCACAACUAGCAUCGAGGGAGGUGUUUCGCUCAGCAUUGAGAGGCAUGGUUGCGAAUGCGAUCGGGUCUGAUACCGAUUUCUUAGCAGAUCCAGGACAACAUCAAGACCCCACAACUGGAGGACAAGACGACGACGCUUUCGAUCUAAGGACUUUGGAUUAAGGCUUGCCCUAAUUCAUCUGGAGAAGCAUCUUGGAGGUGUUCGGGGAUGGUGUUCAGGGAAAACUACCUGUGGUACCAAGAUGCUCUUCGGGAUGAAUCUUGGCAAGGUCUAAUUAGGGAAACACCUAACUGCUUCAGGCUUGGCAAGAACACGAGCAGACGCGGUUGCCUUGAGUAAUGAAAUGGCUGUGGCGGCUGACGGGGAGCGUAUAUUUCGUGAUCGAAACGGAGGUAACGAACGGAUACCUGCGACGUUUGUUUAAGGCAGUGGCCACUCAUUCUUGAUAUCAAGACUAGUCUAGAAGUCGAUGAGUCGAAUCUUCUUUAUAUUAAUUGAAGUAACAAAUACUUACAAUAACCGAGUAUCUGAGAUUGUUAUCUAGAAUACUUGCCUAUUUCAGUUUAUCGUAUACUCUUGAGUCAAACGACCCUCGAAUCUCUCCGCGAAUGGAUCCGGAGGAGAGUGAGUCCUGUCCGCGACGCUCUUUCUCGUAUAGUAGCACUCUCGGAUGAUCCGAAUGGGCUUUUGGGUGAGGUCCUGCGCACUCUAGUGCUAGACCGUAGUCGGCUGCUCACCGAAGCAGAAUUCGUGAAUCUAUUCCGGGAACGAUUUGAAGACUCAAUUUCCUCCGAAGUAGGGACACUGACGGUUUGCUGCCAAGAAAUAUACCGGAGUCUUUAUGGCAUGCUUGUUUUUUCCUCUUCCUCAAGUAGAAACAGAUAGUCAUAGCACUGUAUUUCUCGUACAUCAGCUACUAUAUUAAGAGGAUGAUGUCUCCGAUUCAUUUCCAACUGUACAACUCUGCCUACGCAAGUGGUUCUGCCAUUCACCAAAGGUUAUCUUGGACCUCUAAAAUCAAGACGCCGACUCCUCAGCUUUGGAUGCUGCCUGUUUGGGUGGACUCCUAGAGAGUUUCCUAGAGAGACGUCAAGACGAUGAUUUUAGAGCAAGGAGGGGUCUUGCGGCAUUCGCAAGUACUACGCCAGCUUCCAAAGUGAAGCAACUCUUCAAGGCGUACGUUUUUGGGGUAGAGGCGUUAGUACCUCCAGCUGCGGACUCGUAUAGAAGGAUUAUGUUGGUCGUGGUUCUUGUAUCAGAACUCCAGCCCUAUCGAAAUGAGUGCUUGAUGUACUUAGGUAAAUGUAUCUCGCAGGAGGAAAUCUACUACAAUACCUACAGCAUUGUAGGGAUUGCCUAGAAGUACAGCUGAAGUCAUUUCUAAACAGCGGCCUUCGGUUGGCUACGUAGGAAUACACGAGUCCUCGAUCGCCUAUGCAGGAGGAAGCGGAGGAACUUCUAGAGCACAGCAAGGUUCGCGACUAUUGCAAGGGACGUGUAGCAGCAAGAACAAGGCAACUUCUCCGCAGAGCCGGUCGCCACGCACCAAAAUCCCUUUCUCACAAUCUGCGUUUGCGCAUCUGGUACCUGCAAAAAAUGGAUCAAAAAACAGUGCCUCAUCUUCUGGGGAAGAAGAAGGUCAACAACAAUCCGUAGGACAAACGCAAAGACUUUUUCGCCUACCCAAACUAGAACGAAGGCGCAUCUCUGUGGUGCACAGGAAGGCAUUCGAGCACGUCUUGUGGGAAGAGGGCAUAGUUGGAUUGUCUCAGUCUGACGUUCGAUGUUUAGCCGAAUAUCUAGAACCUUCAAGUCAUCGAGGGCAUGUCAAUUUGGACCUUCUGACCUCAGAAAUCCAAAGACUAGGCACAGAAAACGAUGACAUGGAAGUCGAGGGCGAGGAGGGAAUCGGCAGUCCGAGAACUGUUGCUGGUAGUGUUUCUUUUGCUAGUAAAGGUAAUUCUGUUUAGAGCUAGCCGCCUGAUCGACAUGACGAAGUGUCGUGUGUGCUAUGCAGGUUGUAUAAAAAUCUAGUUAGGCACAUUCAUUCAUUCAUUCAUAGUCGUUCAUCCCCAUCUCUUUCUAACAGGUUAGAUUAGUUGUACUCAAACCUACGUAGGUCCAUCGCAGACAACGAUGCAACACCAGACAACGAUGCAACAGACCACAGCAGCACAACACAAGACAGCAGCAUUAUCCCCUUCAAAAAGCGGUCUUCAGACGUUGCCAAAGCUGCCGUCCCAUCCAGCCGCCGUCUCCAUAGUGAAGGAGCUGCUAUCCUUGGUCAUUUCAGGGUGCGUCCAGAUGCCGGAUGCGAUAGCGGUUCUAGAUAA